CCGUUCUCCCCCCCACACGAGAGAAGAUGCAGUCUCUAUCCCCUCAAACCCCGGCUAGCCUCCGGUCCGUCAUCCGGGCAGCCCCGCGCCCGCCGCAGCUCGCCCAGGUGGCCGCCGCCCCCGCCGCCCGCGGCCACGGCGCCCGGUGCGCGUACCGGUCCGACUCGGUCCACUACCCCAACGGGGUGGGCUCCUGCAAAGCGGACUGGCAGAGCUCCUGCGCCAUCCUCGCCAGCAAGAUCAUCUCCCAGGACAAGCAGCCGCCCCCGUCCACCGCCGACGAAGCCGGCGGCGGCCGGCCCGACAUCGUGGCCUCCGUCAACGGGCACAAGGCGGCCGUCGACCUCACCCUCGUCCCCAUCGAGGCCAACAACAAGCUCUCCCCGACCGCCCCCCAGCCGCCGAAGCCGCUCACCAUCACGGACCUGUCCCCGGCCCCGAUGCACGGCUCGCAGCUCCGCGUGGCGUACCAGGGCGUCCCCGGGGCCUACUCCGAGGCGGCCGCCGGGAAGGCGUAUCCGAACUGCGAGGCGAUCCCGUGCGACCAGUUCGAGGUCGCCUUCCAGGCCGUGGAGCUCUGGAUCGCGGACCGCGCCGUCUUGCCGGUGGAGAACUCGCUCGGCGGCUCGAUCCACCGGAACUACGACCUCCUCCUCCGCCACCGCCUCCACAUCGUCGGCGAGGUCCAGCUCCCCGUCCACCAUUGCCUCCUCGCGCUCCCCGGCACGCGCGUCGAGUACCUCUCGCGCGUGAUCUCGCACCCGCAGGCGCUCGCCCAGUGCGAGCACACCCUGACGAAGCUGGCCCCGCAGGCGGCGCGCGAGGCCGUGGACGACACCGCCGGGGCCGCGGAGUACAUCGCGGCCAACAACCUCCGCGACACGGCGGCGAUCGCGAGCGUGCGGGCGGCGGAGCUGUACGGGCUCCAGAUCCUGGCGGACGGGAUCCAGGACGACUCGAGCAACGUGACCCGGUUCGUGAUGCUGGCGCGCGAGCCCAUCAUCCCACGGACGGACCGGCCGUUCAAGACGAGCAUCGUGUUCGCGCACGACGAGGGGACCAGCGUGCUGUUCAAGGUGCUCUCCGCGUUCGCCUUCCGGAACAUCAGCCUCACCAAGAUCGAGUCCAGGCCCCACCGGAACCGGCCCAUCCGGCUCGUCGACGACGCCAACGUCGGCACGGCGAAGCACUUCGAGUACAUGUUCUACGUCGACUUCGAGGCGUCGCUCGCGGAGGUCAGGGCCCAGAACGCGCUCGCCGAAGUGCAGGAGUUCACGUCCUUCCUCAGGGUCCUGGGGAGUUACCCCAUGGACAUGACGCCAUGGUGUCCUUCCCGAGGAGAUUAGCCCUCCCCCCCCUCCUUCCCCCCCGCAAGAAAGCAGAAUCGAAAUCAUAGUAAAAUAAAAAGAAAAAAAAAAUUCGCAAAAAUAAACAGAGCAAGUGUUCAUUAACUACCGUCUACUGCACAAACAGAGGAUUUUUCCGUUUACCUUCUCUUCUUCCUAGUCCA